AUGGCCCCGCUCGACCUCCCCCACCCCUAUCUUGUGUUCCCACUAGUCAUCAUGUCGCUCGGCUUCAUAGCUUACACCAAGCUCUUCUCCCGACCAGCUCUACACCCUAGAGCACCUCCCCUGACCGACGGCGUCUAUCCUGUCCUGGGCGCCCUUAAAUUCUUUACUCGUCGCUGGGAAUUCUUUCGCGAUGCUGCACGUGCCUCCCCGACCGGCAACUUUAGCUUUUUCGUCGGCCGCAAGCCCGUGGUCGGCCUGACCUCAGAGUCCUCCAGGCAAGUCUUCUUCGACAAUCGCCAUUUUGGUUUCGCGGAAGGCUAUGGGGGUCUCGCCGAGGGAUUUUCGGUGCUGUUUGGACCCUCGGCGGGCGCGAGUAAGGCCGCCAAGAAACUGGAGCAGCAGAUCGCAGCGGCUGGAGGCGAUGAGAAGACGAAAGAGAAGAUGAGGCAGGAGGCCGCAGAGAAAAUGGACUUUUCAAAGUUCUUCAACAGCCGCAUGGUCCGUGUGCUAAGAACUGACGCGAUGCAGCGCAACCUGCCCAAGUUGAUUGGCGAUGUGCGGGCUCGGCUUCAAGACUUAGCAGCUGCCAUUCCUAACAAAGGGUUCAAGGACGAGGCAGUGGUUGAUCCAUUUGAUAAUAUUUUCAAGAUUGCCUUUCAGCUCACGAUCCGAUCAGUGGGAUGCGGGGACAUUGCAGAUGAUCUAGAGCUCAUGGGAAAGAUGAUGCACUGGUAUCACUUGGUAGAUAGCUUGACAUCGCCUACGGCGGUAAUGUACCCGUGGAUUCCAACUUGGGGUAUGUUCAAGCGUACGGUGGCUGGGAUGCGACUAUUUGAGAUUGUCAAGAAAAUUGGCGACGAGAGAUUAAGGACGGGGAAGCGAGGAGAGGACGCCAUGCAGAUUAUGAUGGAUCAAGGGGACGAUAUGGGCCAUAUUGUUGGGUUCGUUGUAUCAGGUCUCCUGGCUGGCACAAUCAAUUCGGGGGUUAACGCAUCAUGGAUUCUUGUUUUCCUUUCUCUGAACCCGCAAUGGAUGACCAAAGUCCGUACCGAAGUCCAGGCCGCCAUUGAGAAGAGUGCCACCAAUAGCGAUCCUAAUGCUACCAUGGUUGAGAAGUUAGCAUCUGUGCCCCUUGAAGCCUGGGAGUCCGAGUUUCCCACAAUCGAGGUAUGUCUCAGGGAAUGCAUCCGGCUCACAGCGACUGGAGCGACAUUCCGACGCAAUAUAAGCGGCCAUGAUAUCCAAGUCGGCGACGAGGUUGUUCCCAAGGACGCUUAUGUAGCAUAUCCUUUCAACGAUACUCACCAGGACCCUAACAUAUAUCCUAACCCAACCAAAUGGGACCCUGGCCGAUACUCUGAGGACAGGGCCGAGGACAAGAAAAAGCAGUAUGCAUACCUCGGCUGGGGAGUUGGACGGCAUCCAUGUUUGGGCAUGCGUUUUGCCAAGCUAGAACAGUACCUCAUUGUCGCGUUCUUCACCACCGUUUUUGAUUACGUCGCUUGCGAUGCUAAGGGUAACCCUAUCACUACCCCCACGCCAAUUGACUUGAACGCCUUCUCUGCUCGCCGUCCCGAGCCGAGGGUAUACUUGAGAUACAAGUUGAAGGAGAAGAUUUGA